AUGGGUAGGGUCGGAAGUGGAGGCAAAGUUAGCCUGGUGGGCAGAGUUGGCAAGUUGGGUUGUGGAGUGAUGGUAUGGAAGGCGUAUUGGGCUUUGAUGCUGAAGUUGCUUGUUCCGUUUCAAGAUCACUUUCCUGGCCGAGUCACAUAUAGGGGUGGUGGGACUUUGGUUGAUAUUAAGAAAAGGUUUGUGGAGCUCGGCCUGAUAGAAAGGGCUAAGGAAUCCCCUUUCAAGCAGUUCUUCUUGGCUUCGGAGUUUCAUUUCUCAGGAGUUUUAGUACACAAGCUGAUGUUGAGGAAAAUAGCAAGUCAAAAAGAAGAUGAGGUGCAUUUCCUUUUGGGCUCCAAGACCUGUAGAUUUGGCGUGGGAGAGUUUGCUAUGGUGACCGGGUUGAAUUUCAGUUAUGCACCGUCACAAGCAGAGUUGGAUGAGCAUCUGACCAGUGAUCGCUUGAUAAAUGAGUAUUACGAUGAUGCUGAGAAAGUAAAGCUUCUACAGUUGGAGAAUGCUUUCAAAACUUUUACUAUGGUCGAAGAUGUGUACAAGCUGGGUAUAUGUUUGUUGGUUGAGGGGGUUCUAAAUGCCAUAGAGGGAAAGUUGAAUAUAUGGCGAGAUAUAUUGAAAAUGGUUGAGGACAUAGACUGCUUCUUCAACUAUCCAUGGGGGAAGUUCUCUUACAAGAGGCUUUUAAAUUCAUGUAAGAAGGACAUGCAGCGCCAAAAGGCUAACUAUGAAAGAAGAAGGAUGCCAAGGUGCAACAGAAGUCAAAGUACAACUUUUAUGGUUAUGCCCCGGCGUUUCAACAUUGGGCAUAUGAGGCCAUUCAGCAGCUUGCGAAAGAGUUUGUUGUGA